CAAGUAAACUGUGGAAGGAAGUGGUGAAGCCGAUGGAUUCCUAUUUGCAUCAUAACUUCCCUUCUUCUUCUUCUUCUUCUUCUUCCUUCUCUUCCUUGUCUUCCUCUUCUUCUUCUUCUAGGGUUUGUAAUUUCAACAGUCUUAUCGGACUUUCAUUUGGAAACAAGCAGAAACACGGAAUUGAAGGAACGGAGUGAGUUCUGAGGUCAUUUUAAUUUUAUUUUUUUGGUUAGAACACAGGAACCUAACCUACUUACGACUUAGAGAUAUUGAAACCCUUUUACUCCACCAAAUUGAAUACAAACUGGACAAAUCAAAGCCACUGACAUCGAAUUUGUUCUAUGGCCGGAAUUGCUUGGCAUUGAAAAGAACUAAGCAUUUUUUUUUGUCAAUCCAAAACCCUAACAUUUUGUGAUAUGGAGAAGUCUAGAUCUAAGAGAAACUAUUACUAUGAUCACCAAGACUAUGAUUCGGAGUCGAUGGGUAGAACCAGACCUCGUUACAACAACAAUCACUACCCCAAUAAUAACUAUCGUCACCGGGGGAAUGCUGUUCGACCAUCUAAACCUCAAGACCAAUCUCUUAUGGUCACCACCACUUACAGGAUACUCUGUCAUGAUGCUAAGGCCGGGGGAGUUAUCGGCAAAUCUGGUAGUAUCAUUAAGUCUAUAAGGCAGCAUACCGGCGCGUGGAUCAAUGUGCAUGAGCUUGUUCCCGGUGAUGAGGAGAGAAUAAUUGAGAUAUCGGACACUCGGCGGCGGGACCCGGAAGGUCGGAUGCCGUCGUUCUCUCCGGCUCAAGAAGCACUUUUCUUGAUUCAUGAAAGGAUUCUCGAGAGUGAAAUGAGUCCUGGGUUUAAUGGAAUGGGGUAUGGUCCUGAGGAUGAGGAGGAUGAUUACGGUGGCGUUAGAGGAGGAGCUGGUGGUGGCGUUGGCCGUGUGGCGACAAGGCUUGUUGUGUCUAAAAUGCAUGUUGGUUGUUUACUUGGGAAGGGAGGAAAGAUAAUCGAGCAAAUGAGGAUGGAAACUAAGACCCAGAUAAGGAUUCUACCUAGAGAUCACAAUUUGCCUCGUUGCAUUUCAAUGUCGGAGGAGAUUGUUCAGAUUGUUGGAGAUACAAAUGCUGUAAAGAAAGCUAUAGCUAUUGUUUCAUCACGCUUGAGAGAGAGUCAGCAUCGUGACCGUAGUCAUUUCCAUGGGCGUCUACAUUCACCGGAACGUAUUUUCCCUCCUGAUGACGAUUAUGUUCCACAUAAUGCACGGCGAUUACCAAUGGAUGGACGGCCAUUUAGACCACGCAUGUCUGCUUCUAAUACAAGAGGCAAUGACUAUUCCAACCGUCAAUCUAAUUUUUUGGUGGAGCCUGGGGCUGUUCCUGUAAAUGACAAUAUGAUGCCCUUUUAUGGUGAGGACCUUGUAUUUAGAAUAUUAUGCCCAAUUGAUAAGGUAGAUAGUGUAAUCGGAGAGUCUAAUGGAAUCAUAGAAUUACUUCGGAAUGAUGUUGGUGUGGAUAUCAAGGUUUCUGACCCUGUGACUGGUUCGAACGAACGGAUUCUUAUCAUUUCCUCAGAUGAGGGUCCAGAUGAUGAGCUUUUUCCAGCACAGGAAGCUUUGUUACACAUCCAAACUCGCAUUGUUGAUCUUGUUCCUGAUAAGGAUAACAUUGUAACUACUAGGUUACUUGUACCAUCAAGUGAUAUUGGAUGUUUAGAGGGAAGAGAUGGAUCAUUGUUAGAGAUGAAGAGACUAACUGGUGCAAAUGUACAUAUUGUGCCAAGAGAAGACCUUCCCAUGUUCGUAUCAGGGGCAGAUGAGCUUGUACAGAUCAUAGGGGACAUAAAAGCAGCUCGAGAUGCACUUGUUGAGUUAACAUCAAGAUUACGGAAUUACCUUUAUAAGGAGCCGUUCCAAAAAGAUGCAAGCCCUCCAGUCUCAGUUCAGGCCAGUUUAGGACUCGAGGAAUCAUCUUCAAAUAAUAAUGCUGUAGCUCGUGAAGUUCAUAGUGGAAAUGAUUCUUCAAGCACAGCCUACCAAAACGUGCAACCUUUUGGAACAGCACACCUUCUAAAGGAAACUGGAGGAUCAAGCAAUGAAACUGGUACGCAGAAUGAAAAUGAUCGACGUGAAGAUUUGCCUAGUGGGUUAAAUAGGAUCCCUGUGCCGCUUGUCACUCGGAGUACACUCGAAGUCGUGAUACCAGAGCCAGCAGUCCCCAAGCUUAUAACAAAAUCAAAAAACAAGCUCGCUCAGAUCAGUGAGUUGUCCGGAGCCAAUGUUACGUUGGUAGAAGAUAGACCAGAUGUAUCCCAGAAGAUAAUUCAAAUAUCAGGCACACCAGAGCAGGCUGAGAGAGCCCAGAGCUUGUUGCAAGGCUUUAUUUUGAGCUUGCAAGAAGAUGGUCCAUAACCAUAAGUUGUGGCCAUUUGGUUCUACACUAAACUUUAGUUGGCCAUAAAAGGUUAUUGCCCCCACCAGGAUCAACUGUAGUAUUCAGGGGGCUCUUGCUCUCUUUUCAGCUGUUUUUCUUGAAGAGCCAUGGAGGAAGACGGAGCAAGAUUAUAGCCACUGCCAUGUAAAUUUGAAAUGUAUAAGAAUUUUCAUUCUUCACUUCUUCUUUUCUUCCUUUUGCCGUUCCACAAAUAUUCAUGUUUGUAUUGUAGGAAGCAAUAUCGGUAUCAUUCAUCUCAAUAGUUAUUGAAAUCUAAUUUUAAGCAGCUGUUAGUUUUUGUUAAGCUUAAUUAUGUCAAUCAUAGGUAAAGUGCAAAUUUAGACCAUUUCAUGGUUGUUGUCUAUUGUAUUUCAAUUUAAAAUUUUGAAUUCGGAUUUUA